AGGCGGCUUGACUGGGAUUUUGUACGCGAUUAGGAGAGGCUAAACACCAUGUCUUUACGUGCAUAAAACAAAUCUCUGCGCUAACAUGUGCAUCAGUGCAUGCAAUGGGUACAGAGUACUUUGCUUAUGUAAGACGAGUUGGCAUGCAUGCAUGUGUUGCACGGGCAAGGCCAAGCUGGCACCCCGAAGGCUGCUCCUGCAUUCUGAACCUGCAAUCCAUGCUCGUGUUUCAUGCAUCGGUCAUGUCACUGCUCGCACAUUUACUACCCCUGCGCGCGCAUUCACUACACCACACCUGUGCGACAACGCGGCCUCGUCCUCGAUGACGCAGUGGCCAGCCCGAACAGUGUCAACUAUGUAAAGAUGAGAAACGCGCGGCUGGCGGGCGCCGAUCUGGCGCCGCGCCGGCGUGGGGCUCGCGGAUCUGGCGCCGCGCCGGCGUGGGGCUCGCGCGGAUCUAGCACGGUCGCCGGUGCACGCGGCAGAGGAGAGCUGUUGUGCUGCCGCGCACGACAAGGAGAAGAGCUGGGGCGCGGCGGCCGUGUCGAGCUGGCGCCGGAGGAUGCGACGGCCGCUGGAAGCACGACGGGCUCGACACAGGCGCGGGGUUUGGCGGGCAGCUGGCGUGCGCGGGUCUGGCGCGGUGUGCAGGGGCUGUGGCGGUGGCGGGCAUGGCGCUCGGGCGCGGUGGGUUGGGGCUGUGGCCGAUCUGGCCCGGUUGCGGCGGCGGGCAGGCUGCUCUGGUGCGGUGAGAUGGAUUCCAGGCGGGUAGUUUUGGCCGGCGACCUCCUAGGCGCGGCCCGAGGGCGUGAUGCGAAAAGUGCUUGUGCGUCAUGGAUUUGGUUUGCAGGAAGGCUGGCGGUGGGCUGCCGGUGAAAGCCGAGCUCCGGCUGUGGCCGGAGCAGUCGGUGGCGGCGCCUUCGGGCACCGUCCCUUUGUUGGAGGCAUCGACGCUGCAACCCCUUCCUUCCCAUGCCUGACAUCCUUCGGGGAAAAUCCUAGAUCUGCUCAUGCGGAACGGACGAUGAUGACACUAUCGGCUUUGCUCGGCGUCAUAUCUCCUCUUGAGGACAUCGUCUUGAAGGUAGACUCGGCUAAAGGGACCCGAUGCUCAUGUUGGUGGUUCGCGACGACUUGUAUAGCAUCACCGUGAGAACAGCAGAAGCACCCUUCACAUGCAAGUUUCAUCAGGCAAGUUAUGGCCGCCAACCUCACGAGAUUGAAGCGGCAUAUGUUUGCUCUAUCGGACAUAGCGUUCCUCUUGGAUGUCAGUUGAGUUUCGCGCAUAUGCUUGUGGCAGCUCGGAUUGAUACAACGGUUUUGGGUUUGUACUUUGGUAGCGGCGAAAGCGCUCGAGUGCCCGGCCGGGUGUGUUGUGGGGUGUAGGUCUUCUGAGGUGUUGUAUGUGUGGUGGUGCUUUAGGCCUGGUUGUUAGGCGCUGUUUUAGGUUUUCGCCCGGUUUUCCUUAUAAACUGAGCACUCUUUUUUAUUCUUCUUCUUUUGGCACUCGCCUUA